UAAAGAUGUACUCUGUGUUAAAGAUCAAUGUGUUGUGAUUACUGAUUAGUGUGAUUUGUUUUGUUUUAUUAAUUAGCUGUUUUGUUUGUUAUUUUAUUUUCAUACUUGCUACCGUAGUAAUAUCCUAUUCUUCUGUGUUGAUAUUGAUAACACUUAUCAGUAUAGCCACAAAAUACAAAUAAAACGAUUCACUGAAAGGUUAAUUAUUGAGUGCGACAUUCUAAAUUAAUUUAAACACUAAAUUCAUGGUCAGGUUAUAGUAAGUGUCAAUAAUGGAGACCUCUCUUAAUCACAAUAUUGAUAAAUUUGCGUUGCAUUUUGAAAAAAAUCGAUUAAGUUACUGCGGUCAAGAUUGUCAAAAAAUACCACCAACAUUAUGGAAAAUGUAUGGCAAUAAAGUUAAUUGCCUAGAUUUGAGUUACAACAGCAUCGAGACACUGAAAGGUUUGGAGAAUUUUACUCUAUUGGAGGAACUAAUACUUGACAAUAACAAAUUAGGGGAUUCUGUAUAUUUUCCGCUGAUGCCCCGGUUAAAAACAUUGUCUAUAAACAACAACCAGAUAACAGACUUAGAUGGUUUAGUUCAGAAGAUAAGUGAGAAGUUCCCUUCGCUCACGUACUUAAGUCUUCUCAGCAACAAAGCGUGUCCAAACGAACUGUCCGACCUUGACAAAGACGACACCGACUAUCAAAGAUACAGAUAUUUCGUUCUGUAUAAAGUACGUAACCUACGUUUCUUGGACUCGCGCCGCGUGUCGGCGGUGGAGUACAGAGAGGCGAUGACGCGCGGCCAGUUCAUGCGCGUGCGCCGGCCCCCCGCGGAGCCCGGCCCUACCUCGCCCGCGGGGCCCGCCGCAAGACCCCUGCCUGUCGACUUCGAUUCCUUAGGGAAACAUAAAGGCGCAUACGGCAAAUGUUUAUACAAAUACACGGGAAAACAUUCGGAGGGAAACAGAUUUAUCCUCAACAGUGAUUUGUGAUGCAUCACAGAAAACAACAAUAAUAAAUGAAAAUAACAAAUGGUGCCAUACAAGUGUUCAAUACAAUUAUAACUAACUUUAUUAUUAGUAGGUAAGUCAGCAAAGUCACAUCUUGUACUUUUUUUAUUACGAAUAUAUCUACGUAGCGGAUUAUAAUUAUUUCAUGUCUGUAUGUCUAGUCUUUUUUAAACGAAAUUUCGCACAAUAAAUUGCCUUCCAAAUGAAAUAAUUCUCACGUUUAGAUUAUUUUUUUGCUCAUAGACUGAUAGUUGGUUAAUUUUAGUUGGAAAUGGGUCUUUUUGUUAUACUUACCUAAACUUUCAACCAUCUUAUUGGUGUAAUUUCUAGAUCUCCUAUUUUGUUAAUACUUAGGUAUUGCAAUAUUAUUUUGCUUUUUAACCUCUCGGUCGGUUGUUGUACUAAUUUAGAGUCAUUAACUUAUUAAAAAUUAAGACUCGUAUAAAUUAUUUCACCCACUUCAAGUUUUAUUUCCGCAACAAUGUAUGUAACCUAUACCGUAGACCUAGCUUAGUGUUGCGAAUAGGCACGUCCGUCCUGAAAAGUCUCAUAAGUAUAAUUGUAAUACCUUAUAUACAGGAUGCUCGGGAGUAUUUCCCAUAACUCUUAUGUUCUUUAAGGAAAAUAAAUUAAAAAUGUUUAAAAAACGUGUUCUAAAAUGAAUGGUUUCGGAUGUUUCUUUUAGAAAUAGGUCUUAAAUUGUGUCCUUUAUAUCGCAUCCUUAUAUUAUGACCUAGCUAAACUUAUUCAUUGAUAGAUAUCAUGAAGUAGCUUACUAGUAAAGUGCGGAGUGACAGUUGCAAUAUCUCGUCAAUAUCGACAGUCUUAGCACUACGAUUACGUAUUUUAAAAUGCAAGGAUAGAUAAAGGCGUGUGUUAUAUUUAUAUACAUUUAAACAAUCGGAAUUAUUUGAAUUAGGUACUUUGUAAAAAAACAUGGUUUUUUUCAGUAAAAAAAAUUUGUUAUGUAGUUCGGCUCUUAUAAGUGAACUGGUCAACACCUUGAAGUUAUGGGAAAUAUGUCGCAACAUCCUGUAUUAUACUAGCUGACGCCCGCGACUUCGUCCGCCCUUAGACCUCUUUUAUCCUGCCUUGUUGCAAAAUCUCUACUUAGCGGAGGUCUACUAACUAUAAACUACCCCCUGCCAAAUUUUAUCUUUCUACAUCAAGCGCUUUUAAAGAUCGUAUUUUAUAUAUUUAGAUAGAUGUAGAGUAUAAAUUAGGUUUAAUUUUUUUACUUCUCGUAGUCUAUUUUAUAGCUUUAAAUAGUCAUACUUGUAUAUUGUUGUAGUUUUUGUAUGAAUAUAAAAUUAUAAUAUUA